AGAACCUGUUUGAUGCAAUAGUGGAUGCAAUGUAUUCUGCUCUUGAGAAGUCGGGUGGCGGGUCUGUUGAGAUUGUUGUGUCCGAGACAGGGUGGCCAUCGGAUGGGGGAACGGCAACGACCAUGGACAACGCUAGGACUUAUAUUGCCAAUGUGAUUCAGCAUGUUAAGGUUGGCACUCCGAAGCGGCCCGGUAACCCUAUUGAGACUUACAUUUUUGCAAUGUUUAAUGAGAAUCAGAAGAAUCCAGAAUACGAGAAAUAUUGGGGGCUCUUUUAUCCAAACAAGGAGCCUAAAUUCCAAAUCAACUUCGAGUGAGAGUUGCAGGAAGCUGGAUGAAGUAGAAAAAUAUAGAUAUAUGGGCAUUUCAAUUUGGUAAUUGGUUUAAUUUUUGCUGUAUGAAUAAAUCAAAGGCAAAGGCAGUCUCUGCUAGGAAACUCUUAUUUACCACUCACUUUCUUCAAGAGUUUCAGACACUUGGUGAUUCCUCGCAAACUUUCCACUUGAAUAUUUCAGGGAUAUAUUUUGUAUUUUUCACAUUUAAUACUGUAAUAAAAGAGUAAAUUUAAU